AUGGUUAUACUUACAGCUAGCCCCUGUGCAGAGAAAACUGGAAAUGUCACCAUACACACCUCAGUCCCACAAAUCACUGCUAAAAACGAACAAUCAGAUUUGGUCAAAAAAACGUUCACAAUCAGUAUGAUACCAGAAGAACAGUAUCCCUCAACAUCUUGGAUUAGAGUUUAUACAGACGGAUCAGCCAAAAAUGCAACAACAGAAGGAGGAGCGGGUAUCUACAUCGAAUACCCUAACGGAGAAAAACAGUCAGAGGCAAUACCAACAGGCCUUCAUUGUUCCAACUACAAAGCCGAAGAAGAAGCCAUCACCCAUGCAGUAUGCUCCAUCAGAGACAAGGCCAACAAAACAAUAAGUGUAGUAUUCCUGACAGAUGCCCUAUCUGUAUUGCAAGCCAUUAACAACGGUAAACUCCCCGAACUUGAACAAGAUCUACACAACAUCGAAAGCCUUCAAACAGCAUUACAAUGGAUACCAUCUCACUGCGGAAUCAAGGGAAACGAAAAUGCUGAUCUGCUAGCAAAGGAAGGAGCCAAACAACAGCAAUAUGAAAACCAAGUAGGCUUCUCAGAGAUGAAAACCAUCAUCACAUCUCUACACAGAACCCCUCAACAACAAGACAGCUAUCACCAACUGGCUAGACCUGAGCAGACGACCAUCUUCAGACUUAGGACAGGACAAAAUAGACUCAACCAACAUCUGCAUAGAGUCAUGAAAGUCAUACCAUCACCCAUGUGUCCAUGUGGAGAAGCUGAGCAGAAUACAGAACACCUCCUACAACACUGCAGAAUACACCAGGCACUGAGAAACAACACAUGGCCAACACCAACAACGCUACAAGAGAAGCUUUAUGGACCAGUGGAAGCCCUACAGAAGACCACCAGAUUUGUAGAGGAGACUGGGACUCAAGUGUGA